AUGAGCUUUUUCUUGGGUAUGGGUAGAUUUCGAAAUAAUAAUUCAAUUUCAGCAUCACAACUAUUUCCUCUACGAACAGCUGCCAUCGAUAUUCAUCCAAAUGCUCGAUGGCAACAAAAUGGGAUUACAGUAGCUGGAAAAAAUGCAGAUGGCAAUGGAAUCAAUCAACUCUCAUUCCCAUUGGAUUUGUUUGUUGAUGAUGAACAAACAAUCUAUGUCGCUUAUACAGGCAAUCAUCGUAUUAUGGAAUGGAAAUGGGGAGCAACGGGUGGACAAGUGGUUGCCGAUGGAAAUGAACAAGGAAGAGAAGAAAAUGGUCUUACACAAUUGUCAUAUCCUCAAGGAGUCGUUGUCGAUCAAUUAGGCACUGUCUAUGUGGCUGAUGAUGGCAAUAAUCGAAUCAUGCGUUGGCCCAAAGGAGCUAGACAGGAAAGCGUCAUUGUUGGUGGACACGGUGAAGGAGGACAAUCGAAUCAACUGAAUAGGCCCAUCGGUUUGUCAUUUGAUCGACACGGCAAUCUCUAUGCCGUCGAUUGUGGAAAUCAUCAAGUACAAAAAUUCAAUAUUGAAUAA